CGCAUUAAACGACUAAUAUGCAAGGAGAUAAGACGGGAACAAGAACAACGAUCUACCCACUGACCGAUGGUCAGCCUCAGUUGUGUUCGGUCCGUGGUUCGAAUCGAAGCCAUGUUCACAAUUAAUAAAACCGCGACCCUUAUCGCAACUGCUAUCUUUUUAUCGACAGUUUGUGCCGACAAAUUUAAUUUCUGUGCUGUUGACGGCAAAGGAAGUUUCAAGAGAGCUUCAAAAUACUGUCCUGUUCUCAAUAAACCAGGCAGUAAAGUCCAAUGUGUAGUUGGAGUGGAUAGGUUAGAUUGCUUGAGGAAAAUUGCGAAGCAACAAGCUGAUUUUGCUGUCUUCACGUCCGAAGAUCUCAUAACUGCUUCAAAUUCUGCUGUAGAUACGCUCAUCACAAACGAAUUAAGAUUCACACAAGAAAAAUACGAAUAUGAGGUCGUAGCAAUCUUCGAUAAAAAAACCAACAUCAAGAGCAAGCACGAUUUACAAGAUAAAAGAUUUUGCCACCCAGGUUACGGAUAUGAGUCGGAAUGGACAACAAUAUUGUCCAACUAUUUGGAAGCCUCAGUCAUUCCUCAGAAUUGCCAAUCGGAAUUGACAUUGACCGAAAAUAGGAUCAAGUCAUCUUCAGAGUUUUUCAGGGCUGCCUGUAAGGCAGGACCAUGGGUUGAAAAUUCUACAUUGGACUACGAACUGAAGGGAAAGUAUCCCAAUCUGUGCGAGUCCUGCGAUAAUCCCUCGAGAUGCUCGAAGGAAGACAAGUACUGGGGAAGGAGAGGAUCACUGUUCUGUUUAACAGACGGCGCCGGAGACAUAUCUUGGUCUCGCUGGGACGACGCGCAAAUCCACUUCGGGCUAGUUAGCGGAGGAGCUGAAGCCGCGACAGACGAUUACAGCCUUCUGUGUCCGGACGAUUCUAUAAGACCCGUCAACACCACCAACCCCUGCGUUUGGGUCGUGAAACCCUGGUCUGUCGUUGCGACCGUCAGAAACAAAGCGCAAGAGAUCCAGGAGAUGAUAUCAUCCCUGUCUCACGACGACAACGCUUCAUGGCAGUCGGCCCUAUUGAAUUUGAUGGAAUCCUACCACGUGACCAUGAACCCUGUGGUCCCCAUAGAACCGAUCCAGUCCUACCUCAAUAAAGCUACCGGUUUCUUGAGCGCCAACAGUUUUCCUGGAUGCCACCCGCCCAGGACGAUAAGGAUCUGCACGACCUCGAUCGUGGAAAACGCCAAAUGUUCGUGGCUGAGAGAGGCGAUGGCCUCCUACGGUAUCGAACCCAACGUCGAUUGUUUAAAAGCGGACAACGCGACCCAUUGCAUGGAUGCUGUGCGUAAGGAUUUCGCGGAUGUUGUGAUCAUCAAUCCAGAUUUAUUGAGACUGGCACAAACUGAAUAUGGACUGAAAAUUUUAUUCUACGAGACCGUGGAAGAGAGCGCGAAAUACCUCACAGUGGCCGUAACGAAAAAAGGGUCAGAAUUCAAAUCUUUACGCGAUCUGAAAGACGCAAGAGCUUGCUUCCCUUCGUAUGAUGGUAUAGCCUGGAACAGCGUUGCCAACUAUCUGAACCAAGAGAGCUUAUUUGAAAGCUGUCCUGUCGCGGAAGGUAUGAUGACGUUCUUCUCUGACAGCUGCGUUCCUGGCGUGCCUGACAAACGGUCAUCCUUAAACGCCAACUGUAGAAAUGCCACUUAUGACGGUGAAGAUGGCGCAAUUCGUUGUUUGAUAGAUGGUGCAGGCGAUGUUGCGUUCGUUUCCAAGAAUAGUUUAAAAGGUUUCUUGGCAGACAAGAAGAAAAAUACUCUAGCUAAGGAGCUCGCCGAUUUCCAGACCAUCUGCAGAGAGGCCAAUUCCGAGGACUGCCUACUCAGUUGGGCACCUGCGGGGUACGCUAUGGUCAGGGGUAACGUCACGGAACUACGUUUGAGAGAUCUUAUGGACGUCUUCUUCGCGUUGGAUGGGAAUUUCGGAAAGCAUUAUAAGAGCCUCACCACAGCGUUCACCCUAUACGGAUCUUUCAACGGCGUCGGCAAUCUCCUCUUCCACGAUGCCACCGCGAAAAUACGAACGCAGCCCUCGCUCCGGAACACGGAGAGUACAGCGGGGGAAUAUCACGAAAUAUCGAGCACCAUAGACUGCAGAUCUUCCGCCAGCGUUAAUCCUCUGUCCUGUGUGAUUAUUUUGGUUUCGAUUGUUGCGUCUUUCAAAAUUUCAUUUAUGUGAAAAUGUUGCGCUGUUUUAAUUAUGUGGAUCUCCUCGAAUUUUUAUCCUAAGUAUAUCGAUAAAUUUUAUUUUCUCGAUUUGUUACGACUGAUUAAAAGGAUCAGAUUGAUGUUAUUUCAGGAGUAAUGUUAAAAAUGUGUGUGUUAUUUUACCGAAGGAAAAUAUCAAUAAUUUUAUAGCCUCUUGAUGAUGUAAUCAACUGUGAUAUAUUGUGAAUAGAUAAAAAUAAAGUAUUAUUAUUUGUUCUGAA